AUGGGCGAUAAUUGGGAUGAUGAUGAUUUUGAACCAGAGGUUCAAUCUCUAGCACCUGCACCUCCGCCUGUUGUGGAGGCCGAACCAGUUAAACCUGAUGCACCUGUGUUGAAACCAAAAAAGGCGUUUCCUAAUAUGGAGAGUUUUUCCCGGGAAUUAUCAGCUGCUGAGAGAGAGGAAAUAGUACGACGACAGGACCUUGCGUUAGCUAUGGAAAUGUUUGGUGAAAAACCGGUAACCGGCGAUGAACGUCCUUAUAGCGACAUCAUCACUAAAGAAGAAUUCGAGGACUGGGGAUUGAAGGUGAAUACUAUAUUCGUAGUCAUGCUUACCCGGCAAAAUUACAAAAAUGCUUACCAUUUGUUGAUCUGUUAG